AUGCGUACAUUUGCUCUUUUCGUUUUCUCGUUUAUUUUGUUUAUCGCGCUCCCGAUAAACGGGGAACUCGUUUGCCCUGUAAACGUCCCUUCAACUACUUGUACCCAAUGUCAAGCUGCCAUUGACUCGAUUUUUUCUCCAAACUACUUUACUGGUAACGGUCUUCCUGGUCAGCUUCACCCAUGUGACUUUUAUGGUCAACUGGAAAAGGAAAUUGUCAAUCGUGCGAAACCUGGACUUAGCCCUUUUGAUCCAACUGUCCCUCAAUUACUCAAAGAUGCGUACGAUGCUGCAUGCUCAAACCCAAGUACGUGCACAGAGCAAGAGGCUAUUGCUGGAUCAAAGACCAUCGAAACCGGAUGUGGAGAUCUAGUUGGAGCUAGCAAUGAUCCCGGAAUCAUAAACGCCACGUAUGCCUAUAUAACACUUCGAAACUUUAUCCCGGAGAAAAAUGUCUUUUGCACCAAAGACGCGAACGGAGACAGUUUCCGUUGGCAAAUUGACCGUGAUAUCAUAAACUACGCAGCGACAAUAGUUUCUCCAGACAUAGCUCGUCUUGUAGUCCCCGCUGACCCAGCAAUUGUCUUUUUCACGUUCAACACGACUGGAAGCACUCCAUCUGUCCAUCAAAUUCCUGAUUCAGUUAUUUGUAGUCAAGCCUACAAAUACAUGGUUACCACAUUCUCCAGUUUUGUUGAUCAAUAUCCACUCGACCCGCGGUUUCCUUAUCUUACAGAAAAUUUGAACAUAGCCAAAUCGCUUGUUCAAAACAAUUGUACGAGUGCUACCAGAAAGUCUAAGAGGAGGAGAAAUAAUAGAUCGUUUAGCCUGAAUAACAUUGUCUACGAUCAAAUAUAUGGUCACGGUCUCUGA